CGGGAACGCGUCCGCGGCGACUUCGGCAUGUUCAAGGAUGAGAAGCGCACGCAGUACUCACCGCUCAUGACGCGCGAGGAACAGGCCGAGGCCGUGAACGACAUGGAGGACGCGAUCGACGAAGCGCCGGCGGCGCGUAGACGACACGUCGGGAGUUCGUCGUCGACGUACACGGCGUACGAUAACCCCAUGACGUCGUCGGCGAAUGUGGAUGAUGAUUUCGAAAGCGUGCCACUCAGGGGCGCGGGACGGUCGCUGGCACAGCGCGCGCAAGCGCACCUGAAGUCGCUGAAGAAGACGCUGAAGGACGCCUUCAAGGACGCCGGUUCGGCGUCGCGGACGCCGGCGCCGACGUCGACGUACGGGAACGAGACGUACGUGGACGACGCCUCGUUUGUCGGAUCACCACCCGCGGGUCAGAUGCUCUCGCGUCACCACGCGCGCGCGAGAUCCGUGGAUUUACGACACGUGCUCGGCGACUUGGACGACACGCUCGAAGGCGCUCACACGGCGGCGACGCUUUUGCGCGAGCUUCGCGAUUCGGGUGGAGACCCAGAUGCGGAUGCGGCGACGAACGACGCGUUAGACUUGGAGUUGAGCGACGUGUGCGAGGCCCAUCGCGCGCAUCUCACGCAAGUGGCGGAGAUGACGGAUAGCGCGGUGAGUUUAAGCGAGGAGCAACUCGGGAAGCUGCUUUUCACGCUCGAGGAACUGAACGCGGCGGUGCUCUCGAUUCGUUCGGACGGUCGUCCGAAAACGUCGACUACGAUGCCAGAUCCAGACUCCUCAUGCGCCGCCGUACCUCCGAGCGGCCCCCCGUCGCUCGGAACGAGUCGAAUCGAGUGCGCGACGACGGAAGAGGAAGAGGCGGCGAUGAUCGCCCAAGCCAUCGCGGCGAGUCUCUCCGUCUCCCAACAGUCGGACGUCGAGAAAUCAGCCGAAGACGCGCUUCCGCCGCCACUUCCAGCGCCCGCGGAAACGGCUUCGACUGCGGCGGCGCCGCCUAGGAAACAAACUACCGAAGAGCUGCUCGCGAAUCUCAUCGACAUCUGAUUCGCGCUCGAGAAACCGCGUCUUCUUGCACUUUCGUUUAGCGCGGGAACCCCUAUUUCCCGCUUGUUCAUCUUCACUCAACGCAAUUUAAUCCAAAGAUUUGACUA